UCGAGUCUCGAACUGUGCUGUUUCAUCCCGAAGCAAGAGAAAGCAAUCAACACGGGCACAGAAAGCCCAUUAAAUGCUCCAAAAAAAGCCCAUUGAUUGAUGGCCCGUUCUACUCAAAAGUCAAUCUUUUAGCCCGUUUACGCCAAUAUUAUCAUAUGGUUCAGUCCAGUGAGAUUGUACCUCCUAAGAGAACUAAAGAAGAAAUGGAAGAAGAGGGAGACGAGAUGUCGUUGAUGAAGAAAUUGGGGUUAUACGGAGGGGAAGUGAGGUUGGUGGACGAAGGGGAGGAUUCGGCGGCCGAAGAGAUGAUGCUGCUGUGGGGACUUCAACAGCCAGCUCUCUCCAAACCCAACGCCUUCGUCUCCCAGUCGUCUCUCCAUCUCUCCCUCGACGCCUGUGGCCAUUCUCUUUCUAUUCUCCAAUCCCCUUCUUCUCUGAGCACUCCUGGGGUCACUGGUUCAGUGAUGUGGGACAGCGGUGUUGUCUUAGCCAAGUUUCUUGAGCAUGCUGUGGACUCUGGCUUGCUUCUCCUCCAGGGAAAGAAGGUUGUUGAGUUGGGUUCUGGCUGUGGCUUAGUCGGCUGCGUUGCUACCCUUUUGGGUGCCAAAGUUUUCCUCACUGAUUUGCCCGAUAGACUGAGGCUGCUGAAGAAGAACAUUGAAGCUAAUUUAAGGCAUGUAGACCUGCGUGGUUCUGCCUUAGCUAAGGAGCUCACAUGGGGAGAUGUCCCUGACCCUGAACUCGUCCAACCUUUACCUCAUUAUGUGCUGGGUUCAGAUGUGAUCUAUAGUGAAGGAGCUGUUGUUGAGUUGUUGGAAACACUACAGCAACUCUCUGGAUCAGAAACAACUAUUUUUCUUGCUGGAGAGCUCCGAAAUGAUUCUGUCCUCGAGUAUUUUUUAGAAGCUGCGAUGAAGGACUUUGUGGUUGGGCGUGUGGGUCAGAAACAGUGGCAUCCAGACUAUUGCAGUCGUCGAGUUGUGAUGUAUGUCAUGGUGAGGAAGUGAGGGAAAGAAAUUGAAGUAAGCUUCAUAUUAAACAAAGAGAAAAGGAAAAGGAAAUUGAAGUCUUUUCAUGAAUGAUGAAAGCUCCCCCGGCAGCUGAAGUCCCUGUUGGUGGGUGUGGGCGUAGUUAGUGCAUUAGCCUGUUGCAACACAAGAAGAUGAGAAUCAUUAUUUUUGUACUAUGCAAAAUCACCAAGGGGAGAUAGAAGCUGGGACAUUUUCUCCGAUUUAAGUGCUGCUCAAUUACGGCCCUUGAGCAAACCCUUUGACAAAAUCUUGCAACAACUAGUUGAAAGUGUUAUAUGUUCUUCAUUUUUUUAUUUCUUUUUUCGUCUCCUCCUUUGCUAUAUUAUCUUCCUUGUUGAAGCUAAGCCUGUGUAAAGUAUCCAAAUCACCCACACUCAUGACGCAACAUUCACGAAUUGCAUUCAGUUCCUAAAGCUUGAAACUUUUAAUUAUGAUUGAUUGAUACUCCUAUAAAAUAAAAUAUUAUGAGA